AUGGCUGACCACAAUUUGAUAAGAGACUUGGUAGGUCUCUUGGACGACGACAAGUUCAUGAACACAGCACUGAAAACACAUGCACCCAAUGAAGAAGAUUUCGACGACAGAUCGCUGUUUGUCCUCGUCGAGAAUGUCCUCAAUGCAGCUACUAUGAUCGUCGAUGCUUUUCUGAAUCCCAAUAUGGACACCGAGGCACAACAGAUCAAAAACGCAUACCCACCUCCCACAGAACAUUUUAUUCCCCCGAUAUCCAUUAUCAACGAAGUGUGCUGUCAGAUCACAUGCAAGGCUCUUGAAACUAACGAUGUGCAUCGAACAACGGAGUCACUGUUUGGCGAGCUAUCACACUUUUCAUGGGUCGCCAAGGCAGUGGUAACUUUGUCGGCUUUAGCGGUGUUCUACGCUGAUUUCUGGCAAGCUGCGCAAAGUCAACCAUCAGGAAGUCUUUUGAAUUCGGUGGCUGUGUUGAAGGGGUUUCCUGCAAUCACCCAAAAGCUAGAAACAUGGAAAAACCAAAUGUUUCUAACGCUCAAUGAUCUGAUCAAGAUGGCCUUGAACAUGACCAAAUGCAUCGUGGACUUCAAGCACAAUAGCAAGGACAUCCCAGAAUUGUGCACAGCGAUCAAUGUAUCGACCAUCGCAUGUCAGAUUACUGUCGUCGUUCUUGUUUGCUCCGUUCAGUUCACCAGCAUCAUCAACAUGAGCUAUAAGUAUCAACAGUCGCUAGAUCUUGAUAAAUUCACUCGUAAAGUCAGAAUGACGGAAAAUUUUAUCAAGAAACAGUUUAAAGAUUUCGAGCAAAAGAAGGAGGAAAUAAGAGAAUAUCAAAGGCUCAAGAAGCUUCUUGUGAACCCUACGAAAAAUGUGGAGCUUAUCAAGGCCUUGUUUGACAUCCGGAGUGAGCCAGAGCCACUGUGUUUGGGUCCCAAGAAGGCAAAGGUCUCGAUCGAAGCAGCGUUGGGUGGGAAAAGCAUGUUGCUGCUCAUUUCAGAUCUGAAGUUAGAGAACAAUGAACUGGUAGAAUUAAACAAUAUCUACAAUGCACGUGGCUUCAAGGAGAGCAACUAUGAGAUUGUGUGGAUUCCUAUCCUGGAGCAAGUGACUCCGGCCUCGCUAACGCAAUUCUCAGAAAAGCAAAAGCAGAUGCCAUGGUUAUCGCCAUCCAACCCUAAAAGUAUUAGCAAUGUCAUUAUCCGAAUCGUCAAGGAGGAGUGGAAUUUUAGGAAAGACAGUAUUGCAGUGGUUUUGAACCCGCAAGGGAAGGUAGAGAACAAGAACGCAAUGCCGAUGAUCCGUGUUUGGGGAUUCGAAGCCUUCCCGUUCACGGAAUCAAGCGGUUGGAAUCUCUGGAGUAGGCAAGAGAUCAACUGGCUUGAGCUUUUGCUCAAAGGCGACUUCCCCAAAAUUCAAGAAUUCAUAAAAAACGAGAAGCUCAUCUUUUUCUUGUAUGGAGGGGAAGACGGGGACACAGUUCAAAAAAUCGAGGAUUGCUUAAAAAAAAUCCGAAAGGAUGGUAUCCCCAUGGAAUUCAUCAAUGCUAAUGAGAUCAAGUCAUUUUACGCUCGUCUAGAGAUUUGUAUGUUGUCCAAGAUGCAGACAAAAGCAGAUGUUCAUGAUUCCUUAAUGCGAGAUCUUCUUAAUCUUUACACCCACUACAAAAAGAAUCGCGGAUUCACCAUUGCUUGUGUCGGAUCGCGUGUGCUCGUGAAUACUUCUUUGGCCACGGCAUCGGAGGUGCUGUUCAAAGUACGAAUAGACUUGGAGGAAGAACGUGAAGGAGAUGGGAAUGGCCUUCGAGACCGCUUUCAAAGAGUGCUACGACAAUGUAUUUGA